CUCGUCUGUCUUGCACGUGGGAGCGACGCGCAGCCGCAACCUCCGUCUCGCUCUGAUGAAGGCUCGACGAGUGCCCCCCGCCUCCCAAGCGUCCAGACUCCGACAGUUCUUGCCCCUGUCUCUCUCUCUCACGACAGAUCCCUCUUUCCCAGUGAUUCCCACGGCAGCCCUCCCAGCACCAUGGCCACAGAGCGACGGAGGCAACAGCCUGUCCAUUCAGCAGCGACGUCAGACGAGCCAACCGUUCCCUCUCGACCGUCCCCUCCCGCGCACGCAAAAUCACUAACCCUACUGUAUGACGAGUUGGAUCCGUGGCAAAAAGACAAUUUUUUCAUUCAAACCGGCUAUAGGAGGCUGCAAUACUCGUAUCUAGGCUGCAUCCGCUCUCUCGGCUACAUCCACAAUGAGACGGGGAACGUCUUUUCGCACCUUCUGGGAGCUUUGAUUUUUAUCGCAUCCUUCUUCUUCACUUUUUCCUACGUCCUCGGCGAAGCAAAACUACUCUGGGGGGACAUCAUCUUCAUUUCAAUCUUCUUGUGCUCCGCCAUCACCUGUCUUGGACUUUCGGCAUUCUUUCAUUUGGUGGUGUGUCAUUCCCAGCAUGUGUGUCGCAUAUGGAACAAAGCAGAUUAUGCAGGCAUAGUGAUACUGAUCUGCGGCAGCACCUAUCCUUCCAUCUACUAUGGGCUGCAAUGCUAUCCAACGGAAAGAAUAAUAUAUCUGGUCGGGAUUACCGUAUUCGGAGCGGGAACGAUGUAUACGAGUUUGAGCAAUCAUUUCGCAACGCCCGAAUAUCGGAUUAUCCGGACUUCCAACUUUGUCGCUCUCGGUCUGUCGGCGAUAAUCCCAGUAGCUCACAUAAUGCAUCUCCAAGGGUUUACUCACACCAAUUCCGCGGUGUCCUUCUGGUACCUUAUUGCCAUGGCGGCUUGCUACCUUAUCGGCGCGUUCAUUUACGCGAGUAGAGUUCCCGAAAGAUGGUACCCUGGAUCGUUCGACAUUUGGGGCCAUUCGCAUCAAAUAUUUCACGUUCUCGUUGUGUCUGCGGCAAUAUUCCACUACUUCGGCCUCAUUCGUGCAUGCAAGUUCUGGCGAGAAACGAGCCCCACCUGCCCUUUAUCAGGAUGACAUGGCGAUUGACGCUUCCAGGUCACAUUGGAUGGCUUAGAUAGAGGACAAGUAUAUUAUCACGUAGUGAAGCCGUUAUAUAGAUCGAAACAACGAC